UGGAAUCAAGUCCAAUAAAAUCCCAGAAGAAUGAAAUGUCAUACACAGUUACACACAACACAAGUCUUUUGAAAAGAAUAUCAAGUAUUAUAUUAUCUCUGUCUCUCUAGACUUUUCGGAUCUCCUCUUUUGCAGAAACCUUCCACAUGAUCUCAGGACUGAGAUUAUUAUAUUCUCACGCCAUGAACACACCACCUUUUAUAUCCAAUCUUCAACAAUUCCAAUACACGUGAUAGCCCUAGAAUAGAGACAUUUUCCUGAAGAUCGCCCGGUAAAUUUUACUUUCUUAAGCUCUUACUAUCACAAUUUCCAUGCCUUGGGUAAGUUACUUUACGUUAUUUCUUCAGUAGAUUUACAGAAAUAUGGAGGAAAAUUUUCUCAAAAUUUAGAUUUCUGAGAUUAAAAGAUGGAUGAAUCUAGUGAAAUAAGAAGCCCCAAGAUUGAAUUACAGUGUUUGGUUGAUACUGAAGAAGAAAAGAAUGAAGAAGAGGAGAAGGUGUUAGUGGAAUUACAGAGAAAUGGAGGAAAUCAAACUCCGACUCCACGAAGAAGAAAGAGUUUUUGUCCAGAUCAUGAGUUUCAUUCAUUGAAUGCAUUAGAAAUUUUACAAGAAACAAUACGGAUUCUUAGAUACAAUUCAUCUGGAUUUAUGAUAAUUGCAGCUUUACUUAUAUGUCCUGUUUGUGCUGUUGUGUUAUCUAAUGUCUUUGUUGAUCAAUCAGUUAUGAAGAGAUUAACUAUAAGGCUUCUAUUGGUUGCAAGAUCAAGUGGGAUUCCGCUAAGACCAUUAGUUAAAGUAUCUUGUCAACGUGUAGCCGAAAUGACGCUUUCUGCUAUUUUUUGUUUCCCAAUGUACAUGACAUUGUCACUGUUAUCCAAAGCAGCAAUUGUUUACUGUGUAGAUGCUACUUAUCUCAGGAGGAAAUUUGAUUUGUUUAACUUCUUUUCAAGUAUUUUCAAGAUUUGGAAGCGUCUUGUUAUAACAUAUAUGUGGGUAUGUAUGGUGGUUGCUGGUGUUUUAGCUUUGUUUCUACUUCUGCUUGUAGCUGUUUGCAAUGUGUUCACUAUUUUCGGGUGCCCGUCUCAUUUGAUUAUCUAUCCUGCACUGGGGGUUGGCUUGGUUUUCUCGGUUAUGUUUGCAAAUGCAAUUAUUAUAUGCAAUCUCGCCAUUGUGAUAUCGGUUCUGGAGGUUGUGUCAGGUCCAGAAGCUUUGUUAAGGUCUGGGGUUUUAAUUCGAGGACAAACUCAAGUGGGUCUUCUAAUAUUUCUCGGAUCAACAAUAGGGAUGGCAUUUGUUGAGGGUUUGUUUGAGCAUAGAGUUAAGACAUUGAGUUAUGGAGAUGGGUCUUCUAGGAUAUGGGAAGGUCCUCUAUUGGUUAUUGUGUAUUCGUUCGUUGUUCUUAUUGAUUCUAUGAUGAGUGCAGUUUUCUAUUUCACUUGUAGAUUAUCUAAUAUAGACACUUCAGAAGAAGAUGGACAUACAUUGGUAGAAGCUGCAGCCAGUUCACCGGUAUCAUUGAGUGUUCAGUAACAAUAUCUUUUAUACAAAACAGACAUUACAGAAUUAUGGCAGGUUGGACAUAUAUAGAGGGAUCUCAUUUGGUUCUCCAACUGUUCCUUGAAGCUAGCUUGUGAUGAGUUCUUUGUUAGUACUUCUACAAGCUCAAAGGGUUGAAUAAAUGACUGGGAAGAGGCUGCGUCGUUCACAACCAUGUUGAAUUAAUUAUAUUCAAUUGGAGAAACUUUGGACAUCGUGGUUCAUAUAUAUCAGGUUCAUUAUAUGGUCUUAUUAGAAAGUUAAUAGAAACUGUUCAGAAAGUGGUUUUUCAUUUUAUUACAUUUUCUUUUUCCAUUUAUUUCCUAUCUAUCUAUACAGGAAUUUCAUAGUAGUCAUGUAUGGAAAAUUUUGGAAAUAAUAGAACAACGUUAACCUGUCAAACGUAAGACGGACUGAGUGAUUCUUUUUUUUUCUGCUAUAACAUAGUAUUGGAAUUCUAUCGGCUAUGCUUUGUAUAACUGUUCGAUAUUCAUGAAGUUAUUUACCAUUAAAGUAA